AACGUUAUGGAAAUGAGAUGUGCCUAUUAGAUGCCACAUACCGAACCACACGCUAUUCCCUGCCCUUGUACUUUCUAUGUGUACCAACUAAUGUCAAUUAUAUGACUGUUGGUACAUUUAUCGUGGAAUCUGAAGAUACACCUUCUAUCCAAGAAGCUUUGUCUAUUUUAAAGGCAUGGAAUUUGGAAUGGAAACCCACCUACUUCAUGUGCGAUUAUGCUAAUGAAGAAAUCAAUGCUUUAGAAUCUGUGUUUCCAGAGUCUUUCGUAUAUCUUUGUGACUUUCACCGGGAGCAGUCCUGGGACAGGUGGUUGAAAGCAUCUCACAACAACAUUGGAGAAGAUAAAGCAGAAAUUUUGAGCCUGUUUCGGUCAAUGGCACAUGCUAAUACUGUCGAGAAAUUUGAAAUGGCCAAAGCCAAUUUAGAGGAAAGUAGGUUAUGGACCGAAAACAGUCGAUUAAGGAAAUGGUUUACAGAUCGAUGGUUGGACAAGCACAAGCGAUGGGUACAUGCUUUCCGCCAAAUGCGUUAUAAUGCAUCGGUGAAUUCAACUAAUGGUGUUGAAAGGCAAAACAAAUGCCUCAAGUACGAAUUCUUGGAGACCAAGAAAGCCAAGUCUGUGUCACACCUUCUCACAGUUCUCUGGAAUGAAUUUCUCCCUGAUCUAUACCAAAGAUAUGUAAGACAAAACUUGAGUUCGUCUGAAGAAGCCAGAGCCUAUGAUAAGGACAUCCCCACUUUUCUCAGAAACAGACCAGGAAGUGUUGUUAAACACUGUUUUAAACGUUGGGAAGACUCGGUAAAUAUCUCAGUGGAUGAUAUAGACGAGAUAGGGGAAGGUAAUUUCCUUGUACAUAGCCAGGCUCCGGGAAGUUCCGAAGUGUACACGGUAAACUUUUCUCCUCAAGAAUUUCCCAUUCCUUCCUGUACCUGCGAGGACUGGAGGAAACAUCACCUUAUAUGCAAACACUUUUGCGCAAUUUUUAGAUGUACAGCAUGGAAGUGGGAGCACCUUCCUGAAGCCUAUAGAAAUAAUCCCUUCAUCACACUAGAUGAUGAUAUUCUUCAUAAUUUUAGUUCUUAUCCAGUUGGAAAGAAUAUCGGUACAAGUGAAUCUGAUUCUGAAUCUGAGACUCUUGUAAAGGGGGUGCAGCCUUUGCGCAUGCCUUCACAAUCAAGACUUUCAAAACUAAGAUCAAAUAUCUCGAGUAUUUGUGAGUUAAUAAAAUCUUAUGUGUACACUUGCAAAGAUGAGGAUUUCUUGCAAAGGUUGUGUAACAACCUUCACAACACCACAGAGACACUUCGUGACACAUUGUGUGAGAGAAACGAGUUUGUUGUUGAUGAGGAAAAGAGUAUGACCCACAUCGCCACCAAGAAAGUCAGAAGGUUAUCUCUUUCAAAGAGGAAGAAAGGGACAGGCAGGCAUGGGUUGUCAGCCGAUGUGUUAAGAAGCCAUUCAUCAAAAGGCGUAGAAGACCUCUUGAACAGAGAGAAUGAUGAGGGCAAAGUUGAAGAGGAAGUGAUAACUAUAGGAGAUAAUGAUCCAUGUGUGUUAGACACUGGUGUUAGAAGUAUUCUGAAGAAGAGAAGAAGCAAUUCAACAACAAAGAAAAGAGUUCAUUUCUCUGAUUUGUGUUCUUCAUACGAACAUGAAGAUCUUCAGCAGAAGAUUAUAAUGGAUUGUAAUCAAGCUUUGCAAGAAGUGAAGAAACUUUGGAGUUUGGAAAGAGGUACAGGAUAUGUUGUGGGGAAAGUUGAUGACUUCAAUGUAACAGACACUGACAUACGAUCUCUGUAUGGUACUAGAUGGGUGACUGAUCAGGUUAUGGAUGCCUAUUUGGCAUAUAUUGUCCACAGAGAGAUAGAAAAGGGCAACCUUGUCGCACUUUAUCCUUCCCAAACCAUGAGAAGUAUAGUAGAAGGAAAAUUUUCAGUACAGAAAUGCAGACAAAAGUUGAAACUUUGGGAGUAUUCCACCAUUAUUGGAGCAGUGUGUCAGAACUAUCAUUGGACACUUGUGAUUAUUGACUCUGGAAACAGGAUCCUUACAUUUCUUAAUCCAAAGCAAGAGGGGAGAUCACAACUAGAUGAAAUUAAGAAGAAUUGGUGUUCAUACAUCAAGGAAAGGAGGCAAAUGUAUAAAGAGUUGGAGGCAGAAGAUGACAACUGGUCUGUGCAGACAUUAAAACACUCAAGACAAAGAGAUGCUUUCAACUGCGGAGUGUAUUGCUUAAUGUUUGCUGAUCGAUACUUUCUCAAGGAACCGCUCACAAACAUUACGGAUGAUAGUCUCUCUAGAGCAAGAGAGGAAAGAGCAACAUCCUUGAUGAUGUACCAUGAUGUCUUGCAAGAUACACGCUGUCCUACAUGUGGAUUUACCACAAAUGAAGAAGUAAAAGUAUGUAAAUUUUUUAUAUCAUUUAUGUUUGUAUAAGUUUCAUUUUAUCCUAUAAGUUCAAUUUCAUGUACAUGUGUA